CAUUAUCAUAAAAACAUCUACUGAGCUAUUUCGAUAUUCUCCUGGCUCACAGAAUAAAUCAACUGUCUCACGUUCAUCUACUAAUUUUUUGAGAAUUCCUGUGACAGAUGCAAUACAUGCUGGAUAAUAAAGUAAUGGUCUCAAAAUUACGUUGCUCCAUCGAGUCUUGGUCAUGAAAAGGCGAAUCUUGACUAAACUUCUCAAGGGAUGGCCUAAUUUGGCUAUUGCAGAUAUCCAAGAUAGCCAGGUCGAUUGAUAUAUUCGCCUCCUAGCAUUGUAUCGCAGGGGUUCGAUUGAUACUUGCUAUCAAUACCAGAACAAUUCCUCGUUAUGAUUACGCGGCCUUUUUGCAUAUACAAUGGCUCUGGCUACGAUGACCUCGUGCUUCCCAAUAACAAUGAGGGGCACGUUCUAACGGACAGGAAACCUACUUUGUUAGAUGAAGUGCAAUCGAGUUGAGAUUUUGGGUACCUGAAUUGGCGACAACAAUUGUUAUGUACAUAUCGUCGAGGCGGUUUGAUUUGAUCAUUGCUGAUUGUUGAUUGCUUGAUACCGGAAGGUUCUUGAUCGCCAUCUAUCGCAAAUAUCUUGACCGCACUCCCUUCACUAAUACAGCUUGAUUCUUCCGAACAUUUCGAGUACCAGGCUGAUCGCAGUGGCAUGGCUGAGUUGUCGGUAACAACGAUUGGAAUGAGGCGUCUGCAAGGUUUCGGUUGGCAUUCCUUGGUGUCCAGCUGAGCUUAAAGUGAGUUUCAACGAAAACCUCAAGUCUAACAUGCAAUCAGGUUGUUGUCCUAUUAAUCCUACUGUUGGUACAUUGAUAUCUUCUUGAAAAGAUGGCGUUUUAUCAGUACACUCCUAUAAAUUCUCAGGAACUUCAAAUUCGAGUGUUACACAUCCUCCCAAAGAGUCACACAGAUCUGACAACGUCGGAUGAGCUUUCCAAGCAACUUGAUACAGUUUCUUGCACGCUGCACGUAGUCUCUUUGAGAGAAGCCCCAGACUAUCAUGCUUUGUCUUACUGCUGGGGGGACCCUGAUCUUCCUCGAGCACGAAUCUUGCUCGAUGAGACAGAAGUUGAAGUUACCAUCAGUUUGGAACAAGCUUUGAAGACAUUUCGGCAUGCGACAGAACCGAUGGUUCUCUGGGCAGAUGCAAUAUGUAUCAACCAGAAUGAUCCGGAAGAGAAGGCAGAACAGAUCAAACUGAUGAGAGAUAUCUACAGUUGUGCCAAUAUCGUGGAUAUUUUUCUAGGAGAAGGAACUCCUAGAACUGACGAGGCCAUGGACGUGGCUCUGACUAUAGGACAAGCUGCGUAUGAUAUAGGGAUUUUUUCUGUUACAGUGGAUAGCAUGAGAGAUUGUGAAUUUUAUGUUCGCGAAGAUCAAGAAGGAUAUGGAUUCAAUCGUCCGAAAAUAGACGAUCCGCUUGCUGUUGUGAAACGCUCGCUGUACCAGCUUGCUAUUGAUAUUGGCCUUGACUUCCCAUUUCUCGGUUGGCAUGAAAUAGGGAGUCGAGAUUAUUGGAACCGGCUUUGGAUCAUGCAGGAAUUUUGCCUUGGCAGAGAGCUUAUGAUAACAUGUGGUCAAAAGACUAUGCCAUUUCAUCCCUGGUUCGAAGCAGCUUGGAUUUUCUUUGCCAUGCAAUCGGCAAUGAUCCUUCACACAUACGGCCUCCAAAGAACAGCUAACGAUCCCAUCGUAUCCCCAAUUCUUCAAGAGAUUGCAAGAUGUCUCAGUACUGCUCCUAUAAGUCUGAACCGACUUCUGGGGACUCGAAAACAUCAUCGCAAAACCGGUGGAUCUCCUCUGGUCAAACUGUUAGAAAGAGGCUGUAUCCAGGCCUCGAGAGAUUUAGUCAGAAAGGCGAGAUAUCCUCGAGAUAGAAUCUAUGGAUUGCUAGGAAUGGCUUCCGAUGCUCAAUCUUUAAACAUCCAACCCAUAUAUACCAACAUCGAUUCGGAUGAAGAGACAGUACAGAUAUUCACAUCUGUUUCUCGAAUUUUUUUGGAACAGAACAAUGGGGAUUUAUUAGCAUGGAAUCAACAGCCCAAAACAUUGAAAGGCUUUCCUAGUUGGGUUCCGGAUUUCUCAAACACACUGCUAGAACCCUCUUGUGAGGCCAAGAAAGCGGCUCUCUUUUCUGCUUCGGGCCAAUCAGAACUUUCGCUUUUCUCUGAAUUGGAAGAUAGUGAUCCAAGGAUCAUUGGACUAAGAGGUGUCAGAGUCGAUACUGUUAUGGCGAUUGGAAGCUUGUUCACUGUCGACAACAGACAAGGUAUCAUAUCUCGUACUACCGACGAAUACCUAGCAAUUCACGCCAAUAUCAUGCGAUACUUUGAUGAAAUAACACAUUUCUGUGAGCAAGCUCAGACUCUAGAUGUAAAAGAUGCUGCAUCCCCGCUAUCGCAGGACGAAAUGAAAUGGUUCGGAGCCAAUUGGCGCAUUCCCUGCGCAGACCAGACAGACUCCUUCACAUUCCGCACUCGCGCUUCUCAUACCUCUUUAAUGGGCUACAACGAUCUUCGACGUAGUAUAGAACUCUAUUCCGAUAAUGCGAGAAGUAUUACGGAUAAUCAUUUAAGCGAAGAAGAAUUUGAUGCAAAUACUGAGGAACAUAUAAGGUGUGUUCAGACGGCUGCAUAUGCUGCGUACAAAAAUGCAAUGAGUUAUCAGCAGAAUCGAAGACCGUUUAUAUCAGAACAUGGAUAUGUAGGUCUUGUGCCUGGACAUUCAUUGCCCGGGGAUGUUAUAGUCAUUAUCUUUGGAACGGUCCAACCUUUUGUGUUAAGGAGUGUUGGAGAAGAUAGAUGGGAGUUAAUUGGAGAAGCUUAUGUUCAUGUGAUUAUGGAUGGAGAAAUCAUGAGGGGUGAUCUCCAGAAGGAAGACUUUGUGUUGACAUGAUCGGGAAUUGUACCAAGGGGUUCCUUGAAUGAGGUCGUUGCUAUUUGAUAUCGUUUAUGCGUGCCGCGUUUACAAACCUACGUAUAGGAUUGUAUGAUUUCCGACCAAGUUGGAGACUGUUUGUGAUGUUUUCAUACUGCAAAUGAGGAAAAGAUCCAGAAUGUGAAAGCGGGAUCAAAGAUAACACAACAAAUCAAGAAAACUCACAUAGAGGAAAAGAUCACCAAUAUCUCCCUCCUGCCACCCAUUUUCUUCCCAUCGUUUCACGCUUACUGAUACGCUCGUGGUAUUCCCGACCAAGAUCCAACAUCCCAUCUUUACACGUUUUGUUAACGCAAUCUCGUCCCAUUACUCCAGCAUCCCACCCUUUCGUUAUCCUUCUCAAGAUAGGGACUUGCCGUUUCAUUGACGAUCAUAGUUGAAGGAUUCAUCCAGCAAUUGGAUGAUGCAUAGUCACCGCCCUUAUGGUGCUGACUCUCCAUGCGCACAAUGCUUGUUCCAAUAACACUCAAUAGGGUUGAUUAAACUUUGGAUACCCCUGAAGGAAGGAAUGCCGUCAAAACCUCGCAGAAAUAGGUAUAGCAAAGUUGGGAAGAGUGUUCACUCGGUAGGCGAGUCCUUCUAUAUACAGAGCGAUGGCCAUGGUAUACCUACAAGCCACCACCUCCCAGCGCAGGGAACCGGGUUAGAAUUGUGCAGAUAAGGGGCACACCGUUGUUCGGACCCUACAUCGCCACUCUCGACCCGGUACUAAUAGAUUUCGGGAUGCCGGGUCUCACGGGUGAAACGGCCAUUAGGGAUGUGGAUACAUGGAACUCAAUGGUUUGAUAUUUUGGGACCCGCUUGAAUGGCUCGGGAGUUGGGGGUAGUGCAGGGAGUGGAAAUUGAACCGUGAUUUUGUCGUUGGGGAGAAGUCGAGGACGAUGGAUUUGGAUGAACGAAGUACAAGUUUGUUCUGGUGAAACAAUGUCGGAUCCACUCUGAAAUUACGGUAAAUGGGCUAGGGAUGAGGGAGUGAGGUAGUUUUUUUGAUCGUAAUUAACAGAACUGUUUG